UGCAGUUAUGCUGCACUCUAUAUCUGCAGGUAUACUGCACUCUGACUGCAAUCUUUUUCAAUAAGGAAAAUUUCACCUGGGAACAUUCUACAACUCUGUGGUAGAACCAAAAACAGUCAACUCUGUGGUAGAACCAAAAACAGUCAACUCUGUGGUAGAACCAAAAACAGUCAACUCUGUGGUAGAACCAAAAACAGUCAACUCUGUGGUAGAACUGUGGCACCUGCUGGACACGCUCACCAUCCACUAAACUAGAGGAGACUACUCCUCCGGCCACACGGUGGCGCUGUCUGCGCAUGAAGGGAUUCUCUUUUUACAUAGCAGCGUCUGCAUGGUUCCUCUGUUUUUAUGUUAAGAGGUAAAGUUUACUGUUUUGAAUCCUGUUGUGAGGAAGUGUUUAGGAUCAUCAAAAGGAGUUGAAUAAAUUUCAUGCAUAUGUUUCAUUUGUUACAGAAAGAGUUUGUUUACAUUCACAGUAUGUUUCGAAGGAUCUGCUUUUAAAGCUUCCUGAGUCUCUGGGGCGGGUUGACUGUCAAGGACCAGGAUGGAGACGGCGCUGUUGGAUGGCUGGAAGGAGGAGAGGGCGGAGCUGAGGGCGGAGGUGUCUCGCCUGCAGAAUGAGCUGGCUGAGAGUCAUGCUGAGAGAGAGGAGCUGGAGUCACGUGCCCAGGCCCUCACAGACAGGCUGUCCCAGUCCCUGGACCCGUCCCUGUGUGUGCCUCUGCGCCCGGACAGGGACUUGAGAAGGAAGAUGCGAGAUGGCAGAGAGAGGGAGGCCCGGCAGGCUCUACUCAUCCACAAACUGCAGAACAAGGUGGUUGAAUACCGGGAUCGCUGCCAGGGUUUGGAAUACCAGGUGAAGACUGGAGAAAGAGAGCUCCUGAAACGUGAGAGGAGGAUCAGGGAUGAGCACAGUGACUCCUUAGAGAGCGCCCUCAUCAGGCUGGAGGAAGAACAGCAGAGGAGUGUAGGGCUGGCAGAGCUGAACUCUCUCCUUCGUGGCCAGCUCAGCCAAUCAGGCCAGGCAAAUGAAGCACUGAGCGAGGACCUUUGCAAACUGACUACCGAUUGGUCCAAAGCGGUGGAGGAGGCGGGACUGAGGGAGAUGGAGUGGCAGAAAGAGAAAGAGCGACUGACCGGUCAUGUCGACCGGGGGCAGAGUCGUCUGAUGUCCAUGUGGGGAGAUGUGGUCACUCUGAGACGACACUGUCACACUGUGAAGACUGCCACUGACAGGGACCUCUGGGAGCUUAGAGCUGAGUUCUCUCGUCUGUCUUCCUCUCUCCUCUCCCACUGUGGUUCAGUGGUGUCUCUAUCUCUACGGCCCAGUGACCCUACAACCAGCCUCCAUCCUGCUCCCCGCUCUGCCUCCGCCCCACCCCACUCCUCCACCCUAGGCCCACCUCCUCUCUCCUCCACCCUAGGCCCUCUCUCCUUGCAGGAUCUGGACCACGACCAGAAGGAGAGAGAGCGGGAGAGAGAGGAGAGCGAGAGGGAGCUGACAGAGCUCAGAGCCCUCUAUGAAGCUGAGACCCUGCAUCUGAAUAACAGGAUCUCAGAGUUAUCUCGUACCAUUCAGGAUCAAAAGAUAGAACGACAGGAGGAGGAGAGGAAGAUGGAGCGAGGGAUGGCUUCGGAGAAGAAAGAGGAGAGGGAAAAGGAGAGACAGACAAACACAGAGAGAACUCUAGAGUGUGUCUAUCAGGCCGUCCUAAAACUGUCCAAGGUGCUGAGCUCCCAGAGUCUGGAUGGACAGAGUAGCAGUAGCCAUACUCUGUCUCUGUCCAGUGAUUGGUUAGGACCAGACCUGUUGACUACAGGGCUAACCCAGGUGCUGGCUGUAUUGGCCCAGGCUGAGACCAACCUGCUGUGGCGGCACCAGGAAGCACAGGAGGCUGCGGCUAGCCUGCGGAGGCUGGGUGAGGAGAGAGCAGGACUGGAACAGAGAGUCAGACAGCUGGAGACGGACACAGAGGAGAGGCAGAAACAGAGCCUGUAUGAAGAACAGGAGCUCACUCACAUUCAGGACAUGUUACUCAGUGAGAGAGAGAUGGUGGGCUCCCUGAGGAGUCAGUUGGAGGAAGAAGAGAGACAGAGUGAGGAGAGGAGGAAGGAGAACGAUCGACUGAGACUGGAGAGAGAGAGGGAGGAGGAGCAGAGGAACGAGCUGGAGAGCGAUAGGCAGAGACGGUUGGAGGCGGACCUAGUAGAGAAUGCCCAUCUCAGUGAGCGUGAGGCUUGUAUCCGCAUGGAGCUGCAUGUUCUACAGGGAGCGCUGCAGAGAGAACAGCUGGACAGGGAGAGGGCAGAGGAGGAAGCUGCUGAUGCUAGGGAUGCGCUAAGCAAGGCCCGUGAGUCAGUGUUAACCCUUUCGUCCGGUCAAACCCUUCUGAAGAGAGAAGUGUCAGAGCACCGUGACGCCCUAGAGAAGAUGGCUGCCUUAAACGAAGCCUUAGCCAAGGACAAGAGAGAGCUCAACGCCCAGGCACUACAGCUUGAAAUGGAGAUGGCUGACCUCCAGGUCCAGCUACAGGGACUAGAGUCAAAGGUCGUGACCCUUCGUAGGGAGCUUCACACCCAGUCCAAUGAGAGCACAGAGUUAAGGACUCGUAGAAGAUCAGAGCUCAGCUCCCUGCAGCAGCUCAGGGACAGAGAGAGAGAGCUGGAGAGAGAGGUGGAGACCCUACGAGAGGAGAAGGAGAGAGAGGUGGAGACCCUACGAGAGGAGAAGGAGAGAGAGGUGGAGACCCUACGGGAGGAGAAGGAGAGAGAGGUGGAGACCCUACGAGAGGAGAAGGAGAGAGAGGUGGAGACCCUACGGGAGGAGAGAGGAAGGGUUGGAAAACGGCUGGAAGAGCUGUCUGUGCAGCACGGUGCAGUGUGUGGGGAGUUGAGAGGUCUGCAGGCAGAGCUGUGCCAAGCGACAGAGCAGCAGAGGAGGGCAGAGAGAGAGACUGAGGAACUACUAAGAGAGAACCAGGAUGUGGCGGGGACUGUCCUCUCACUGGAGAGAGAGCGAGACCAGCUGGGGCAGGACAUUGAGGAACUCAGGAUCCUGACGGUCUCCCAGCAGCACCAGUUAACCCAGACCCAGCAGCAGGUCUCAGGGCUGGAGGUAGAGAGUAGGCAGCUACAGAUCCAGGUCACCACUCUGCUCCAGACCAAGGAUGUGAUGCAGGGGGAGGUCCAGUGUCUGAGGGGAGAGAUGGAGAGAGGGAGGAGCCAGACAGAGAAGGAGAAACAGGAGGAGCGAGAGGAGAGAGAGAGGAGCCAGAGAGAGAGGGAGGUCUGGCAAGCUGACCUGGAAAGGCUGCAGUUACUGCUAGAUCAGACAACAGAGAAAGGGACAAGACAAGAGGAGGAAUGGAGAGAAGAGAGGGAAGGAUGGCAGAGAGAGAGGAUGGCGUUGAGCUCAGAGCUGGGGAACAGAGAUGGAGAGGUGGUGGCGAUGAGGAACAGGAUGGAGGGAUUGGAGAAGGAGAAGGAGGAGAUGUCGUGUCUGUUGGAGGAGAGAGACGCAGAGCUGGAGAGACUAACCGCAGAACACAAGAGCCACCAACACAGCGAGAGAAAACUGAAGGAGGAGGGGGAGAGAUGGAGAGAGAGAGCAGAGGAGGGAGAGAGAUGGAGGGAGAUAGCAGAGGAGAGAGCAGAGGAGGGAGGGAGAUGGAGGGAGAAAGCAGAGAGAUGGAGGGAGAAAGCAGAAAAGAGAGCAGAAGAAGGGGAGAGAUGGAGGGAGAAAGCAGAGGAGAGAGCAGAAGAGGUAGAGAGAUGGAGGGAGAAAGCAGAGGAGAGGGAGAGAGAAAAUGCGAGACUGAAUCAGAGGCUCACUGAAAAAGAGAAGAAUAACAGUGAACAACUAAAGGCUGUGAAAAGAGAGAGUGACAAGAUAGCAGAACAACUGAAAAAGGAGGAGGUAGAUGGAAGGAAGAGAUUAGAGAAUAUAGAGGAACUGAAAACUAGAAUGAUCUCACUGGAGGAAGAAAGAGACAAUCUGGAGGCAGAACUGAAGAAAACUGAACUAUUGGAGAACAAAAUGUUUGCCGUGGAGAGAGAGAACUCACAGCUCAGAGAGAGGGAGAGAGAAAGAUACCAAGAGAGUCUGAGAAAGAGGAGGAAGGAGUCGGAGGGAAGGGAGCGAGAGGAGAGACUGAGAGGAAAGCUGGAGCUGAGAGAAGGAGAGGUUGAGGUCUUGAGAGUGAAGUUGAUUGUCUUAGAAGAAGAGAGGGAUGAGGGGAAGAGAGAGCAGCAGACACUAGAGGGGAAGAUGGAGAGACAGAUGGCUCAGCUGAGGGAAAGAGAAGAGGAGGUAGAUAAACUGAGGGAGGAGGAAGAGAAGGCCGGGGCUAGGCUACAGCAGAGAGAGGAAGAGUUGAGAAAUCUGAAAGACAGAAUGCACCAGUCAGAGCUCUCAGAGAAACACGUCUCAGACCUUCUGAUAGAGACGGAGUCUUUACUAGAGACCGAGAGGAGUCAGAGCAGAGACAGGGAUAAAGCACUACACCUGGCCAAGGAGGAGAGGGAGAGGGAGAGAGAACAGGCACAGGAAACAGAGCAGCACAACGUGAGACUGGAAGAGGAGGUGAAGAAAUGGAAAGAAAGAGUGGAGGAACGGAUAAAAGAAGUAGCAAGGCUCUCACAGCUCCUGAAGGAGAGAGAGGAGGAGGACUUUAGGGUGAGAGCGGUAGAGAGCGGUGGAGAAAGACAGAGACAGAAGGAGGAACUGAAAAGGAGUGAGGAGGAGAGGGAGAGACAGGAGGACGUAUUGAGGAGGAACAAGGAGGAGAGGGAAUGGUUGGGUGCCCAGCUGAAAGAGGAGCAGACGGAGGGAGAGAGACUGAGGUCCAGACUAGAGGAGGUGCAGAGAGGACAACGCCUCCUGCAGGAGGAUAGAGGAUGUCGUGUAGAGAGGCUGGGGGCUCAGGUUAAAGCCCUGGAGGAGGAGAGAGACCACCUCUUAGCUGAGAUCAGGAAGAAGGAGAGAGAGGCUGGGAUCCUGAAGGAUGAGACUCACAGAGAGAGGAGAGAGAAGGAGAGGACUGGCUCCUCACUGAGAAGGAUGGAGGAGGAGUUGAAGGAGAGCAGGGAGGCGCUGGCCCUCAGUCUGGCCACCCUGAAGGAGCAGGGAGCAGAGAUGACCAGGAGCAGGGAGAGAAGCAGGAAGGAGGUGCAGGAGAAGGAGGGGGACAACCAGAAGAUGAGAGAGGGGCUGAAGACAGCCAUGCAGGAGAUGGCUAUCCUGAACCAGCUGCUGGAGGAGAGCCACAGGGAGGGGGAGAGGCUAAGGAGCCUCCUGCAGGAGAGGAAAGAGGAGAUGGUGAAGAGCAGGGAGGAGAGCCUGCGUGCUGCCCGGGGGGAGGUGGAGGAGCUGCGAGGGAGGACCAGGGCUGUGGAGCAAGAGAAAAGGGAGGUGGAGAGAAAGCUCAGAGACAGAGAGGAGGAGAUGGAGGAGGCAGUGAGAGAGAAUGACAGGAGACAGAAGGAGAUGGAGGAGGUGUUGGGAGAGAAGGAGGCUGAGCUGACCACCACCAGGGCUAGACUGGAUGUCCUGGAGGAACAGAGGACAGAGCUCAGAUGUCUGGCUGCUGAGAAGGCAGUUACACAGCUCAGAGAGAGAAUCAGAGUGGUGGAGGGAGAGAUGGAGGGAGUGAGAGAAGAGAAGAAGAGCGAGAUUGAGAGGCUUCAGCGGAAGAUGGAGAAGUUGAGACAGGAAGAGGAGGAGAGGAGGGAGAGUCUGAAACUAAGGGAGCAGGAGAGCCUGAGGCGUGUAGAGUUAGUCACGGACAUGCUGAGAGAGAGGGAGACGGAGCUGGAGAGGGUGAGAGAGAAAUCUUACAGAGAGGAGAAAGAUAAACUGGAGGAGAGGAAGAGAGACACAGAGGAAGUGAACCUGCAGAGUCUGGAGAAAGAAGAGACAGAUGAACAGAGGAGACUGAUAGAGCCUGGGGAACAAAGGGAGGCGACAGACCAGAAGAGAGGAGAAAGAAGUCGGGAGGGUCCAGGAAGAGAGGUCUGGCUUCAGGACGAGGUAGAUACUCUGAGGAAGAGAGUGUCCUCCCAGCUCCUGGACACAGAGGAAAGGGAGAGACUGUUGAGACAGAGAGAAGAGGAGGGCCAGGAGAGUCUUAGACUGUUGAGACAGAGAGAGACAGAGCUUUACACCCUGAGAGAGAGGGUAGAGGAACUCGGUAAGGACAGAGACCGUGUCACAGCUGCCCUGGAGAAGACUGAGGCUACCAUGAUUGGCUACCGGGACAGAGCCCACCAACAGGAGCAAAGCAGAGGGGCGGGAUCUGAGAGGGCCGUGGCCCAGCUAGAGAUGGACCCCCUGGUCCAGGAACGUCUGUCUGUCCUGCAGAGGGACGUGGCCCAGCUAGAGAUAGACCCCCUGGUCCAGGAACGUCUGUCUGUCCUGCAGAGGGCCGUGGCCCAGCUAGAGAUAGACCAUAGACGGCUACAGAGGAGGAACACACAACUGGAACAACGCACUGACAGACUGAAGACUGAGAGGAAACACCUCAGAGAGAUGCUGACACAGACGGAGAGAGGAUCAUCACGUGAUGAGUUGUCCUCCAGCAGCCUCAGAGACAGAGCUCAGGAGUCCAGGGGCUUGGUUGGUCUGGAAACAGAGGAGUUGGGACUCCUUAGGACCAAGGUGAAGGAGCUAGAGGACCAGCGCGCCUCCCUGAAGCGAUUUCUCCAACCGUUCAAAAGAAGAGAAGCCGUGUACACAGAGUGUAUUUUGGGGAGGUGCACGGUCACUGGGCGGCCGGACUAUUACAGUUCUGUAGCUUUGGACUCUGAAUCACGCAGAGUACACUACCUACAGCUGACACUCGUCCUCGACCACCGGGAGAGGGUGGAGUUUAUCCAACACUCCUCCAGGAACAACCAAUGGCUGGUGUCUCUUCGCCAAGACUUGACUGAUUCUCUGGUGUUGGUCUCGCAGCAACCAAUCCCCUCUGUGCUGGAGUCAGAGACACACCGAUUGGAUAGGAGUGUCAGGGAGGAGGAGAUGAGAUUGUCUCUCAGUCAGAGUUGAAGAUGAAGCACAGAAUGUUUGCCUCCGAAAUGGCACCCUAUUGUCUUCCAGGGCUCUGGUCAAAAGUAGUGCACUAUAUCUGGAAUAGGGUGCCAUUUGGGUCUAAAGUAGUGCACUAUAUCUGGAAUAGGGUGCCAUUUGGGUCUAAAG